CUAGUUAGCGCGCUCGUACAAUGAGACAGAUCGGGACACCCCCGCUAAUGCGUCCACACGACUCGGAUACGACGGGCGGCGGCCAGCGGGGCCACGGAGGGGCUUCCGGAGGCCGUGGUGGUGGAGGAUACGGACACCCACCUCAAAAAAGUGGACGACGUCAGAAACGCUACGAAGUGUUCCCCGGAAGGAAUAAAUUUUUCUGUGAUGGCCGUCUCAUGAUGGCCAAACAAACUCAUGUCUUCUUAUUUACGUGCACCCUCAUCAUCGGCACGUGUACACUAUUCUUCGUUUUCGACUGCCCGUACCUGUUCACGAAUAUCGGUCGAUGGAUCCCUGCAGUGGCGGGGGGUCUAUUUAUAUUUGUAAUGCUCUCGUUGUUUAGGACGUCAUUCUCUGAUCCGGGGGUGAUACCCAGGGCCACACCUGAAGAAGCUGCCCACAUCGAGAAACAGAUAGAAGUGCCAAAUGGCGAAAAUUCGGCCGCACUACGUCCACCGCCACGAACGAAAGAAGUCACAAUUCAUGGACAGACCGUCAAGCUCAAAUACUGCUUUACCUGCAGAAUUUUCAGGCCGCCAAGGGCUUCGCACUGCAGCCUGUGUGAUAACUGUGUCGAUCGCUUCGAUCAUCAUUGCCCAUGGGUGGGGAACUGUGUCGGCCGACGUAAUUACCGCUACUUCUACCUGUUCAUCGUAUCAUUAGCCGCGCUUUGCAUCUUCAUCUUUGCGUGCGUCAUAACACGGCUGGUUUUCGAAGCGCGAACAAAGGAGUCUCUACCCGACACACUACGGGACAACCCCGCAUCAUGUAUCGAAUGCGUCGUCUGCUUCUUCUCACUGUGGAGCAUUCUAGGCCUGGCUGGCUUCCACACUUAUCUAACAACAGCUAACCAAACAACCAACGAGGAUAUCAAAGGAUCAUUCUCAUCUCGCCGGGGGGCAGACGUUCGCAAUCCGUAUUCGCAGGGGUCUUGUAUAGCCAACUGUGCUGGUGUGCUGUGUGCGCCUAUACCUCCAUCGUUAAUUGCUCGAAGAAGUUACGUUGAUAGUGGGUCAAGGAUUACAACCAUCCGACCCUUUAGCACUGUGCAUGCCAGCUCGAAGAAUGGAUCGCAGCAUAAUUUAGCCGGAGGUCAGCAGGUCGCUGCUGGAGGCAUCCCUCUAAGCCAGCUGGACAGGGUUGAGAGAAUGGUUAGUGGUGAUGGCCGAGGAGGCGGUGGAAACAACGGGGGCCACGGGCUCGGUAAUCUUGCCAUGUCAACGGGACAACCAGAUGGAUUAGGACCUGCCGAUAGUCGACAUCUCGUUGCUCACAUAGGCCAUCCUGGACACCAAAGUCGUGCCACAUCGGCCCCGCCUGCCACGUGGAAUCCACAUCUUAAUUCACAGCAGCAGCAGCAGCAGCAGCAUCAACAGCUGCAUCGACAACAACAGCAGUUUCGUGGUCACGAUCGAGCGGGUACUCUCCCAGCUCAACAUAUACAAGGCCGUAGUACGGGUCAUAACCCUGUACCGGUAGCCGUGGUCCCACCGCACCGUUCGUCGCACAUGGCCAAUCAGAGCGGAUCUGGUGCUGCUGGAAGUGGAGGCGGCGGUCCUGGGAGUCAUAUGAGCUCCCAUGAGCAUGUUCUCGCUCACACGCAGCAGCAUCAAAUGGUAGCGCCAACGGGUUUCUAUCAUGCUACACCCCAUGUUGAUGGUUGUCCAGUGCAACAAGCGCAGCACCAGCACCAGCAGCAUCUGGCAGCCUCUCACCAGAAAAGCGCGGGAUUACCCCCAGCAAGGGUGAUCGCGUCGUCGAACGACUUUCCGUCAUCAAUACUUAAACAGUCGUCUGUAUAGCGUAAGGAGAGACAUUAGAGAUGUAGUGCAAAACGACAGCGAAAGUAGCAGUCGGGGCAAUGAAAGAUUCGCCAGCAGCAGCAUCAUGGUAAAAAGUACUGGUCGACAAACGCUGGUGGAAAUUGUUAUAUAGUAGACCGCUUCAACGAGAAAUGUUUCAUGAUAAUGAUGAGAAGAAAAAAGAGAAAUAAGCGGGCAAGUGAAAAACAACACGCUAAUGUUAGUAAUUAGCAAGAAGAGGUGAGAAAAUGUAUGUCGAUGUGCGGCCGAAAUGAUCAUACAUUUGCUAUCAGAAUUAGAAGGUACGGCCUUUGCGUGUCUGGAAAACACAACAUUCUAUGAAUAGCUUUAGAAUAUCCUCAAAUCAGGAUGUCAUAUCCUGCGUUCUCUUAUGGUGAUGAUAAGUAUAUUAGUAUUGAAGGCUUAUUCCACGAUUAAGAUCUAGCUGGCAUUGGGCAAUGACUAUAGAUAGCACCGUGUUAUAUUUGUAUUCUUUUGAUGUAGGACAGCUUCAAUCUAGAUGUUGUUUUUCCUCUCACUGGCAACCUAGACUUUCCGAUCGGGAGAUCCAUUUUCAUUUACUUAGCGCAGUGUGAUGUACCCUCAGGGGUUUCGCAGUUAAGUUGGAUAAGACUAUAUUUAAAUAACUUUGCACAUACCAGUGAAUGAGUGUAUAGUUCUAAUUUGUCACCAGGCCAAUGCCAUGCAAUCUUACUGCCCUUACGACAGUCCCGGGAUAACCCGAACUCGUGAAGCAAGGCCUAACUGAGUGAUAUGUGCAUGAUACCAAUGUUAACAGAUGGAUUCGUUGUAAUAUAGCGCUUCACAUUGCGUUGCUUCAUUCAAUACAUGAAUUUUCUGCUGUGUGGACAAAAGGAUGAAAGAAUGAAGAAAGGUGACACAAAUGUAUAUAUAUAUAUAUAUAUAUAAAUAUCUAAUAGUACUUGUAGCAGUAGUAACUGUAACUGAAAGCAGUGGGCUGUGACAGUGAUAGUUUCAUGAAUAUAACGGAAGGUGUAAUUACGCUCGCUAUUAUAUAUGGGUGUGACUAUUAACACAAAAGCAUGUCAUAUGAUGAAAAUUCACAGAAUCCUCAAUGAGACAGAACAGGCACGUUAACAAUAACGUUUAGAGACGGUAGAAGCUAUUGUGUCUUGGCCCGACGGACACAGUUCAUACUGCAUAAUGACAUUACGUUAUCUUAUUGAUAGAACGAAAAAUCUUAAGAUUAAAGCCAGUACAACAAUAGAAUUUUAGAUCUACAAUACGCUCUUAUGUUUCCUUGUGAAUUUCAUCAAGAUAGGAUAUAAGGAAUGAUUUUCUUUAUUUCCACAAAUGAGAAGGAAGAAUAUAAGCGACCGAGUGGGUACGAUGCCCAAUUAUAAUCGGUUGCUCAUUACUCGCCCUCUAAACGUUCAUAGUACUUAUAUCCAAAUAUAGACAUAACGGGCCAUCAAAAAUGCACUCCUUCAGUGGUAAGUCGUUGGAAAAGGGUCAGCAAUCCAAUGUACAUAUUAAAUAUAUACUGUAAAAUAUCGUAAGGGUCACGAGAGCAACACGAUGAAGACUGAAUGACCUGAGCCGUCGGGGGACUGGGGAAAGGGGGUGCGUUUUGUGAAUAAUUAUUUUUACCAUGGGCUUGGACAUUUUAGUCUCGAAUGGGCUUGGAGUCGACCCGUUCAAGUCCAGUUUGAACGAAAUCCUGCCAAUAUUUUAAGAGAGAUCCAGGAUAUGUGCUAUGUAAUAAUAUACAAAGACAUGUGUUAUGUGGCAAGUGCCACAAUCGAUAGGAUAACAACAUAUAAUAAUAACAAAGACAAAUCGUAACAAAUGAAUAAGUUAUCAGAAAUGAUUUUAAUCAAGUGUAAAGUAAUGAAAGUUUAGAACGAUAAGAAAUGCUGUGUAAAUAAAUAGUUCAUCAUAUUAAAUUGCUGAGUAUGAGAUGACUGUACGGUGGGGUUUUCAGAAUAAAAACGACUAUGGGGAAAAAUUCAUCGUAAAUUGACGUUUCUACUGGCUACGCAUAAGAAAAACGAUGUUAACAGCUGUUGAACGACUUUCACAUUGUGGAGCCAUUAAGAGUGCCCCAAAAUUAACCGAACUGUUCGAUCUAUCAUAGUGGCUUGAGACUUCACGAAUGAUUCCUCGUCAAAAACCAAUACUGAAAUCAACUAAAUACAAUCAACGACACGACUGCUUUGAUUCUACUGUUGAAGUUGUGUGACCCUCAUAUGGGCAACCACUUAUAUCGUGCCUACCAUAAACAUUCCUGGUCAAUAAAUGCUGAGUAAUGAGUUCAUUAUCGUGCUACAUUGCGACGAGAACGUAAUUUUGGGGUAGUCUCUCUGUGUAGUUUUACCUCAUUACGACGAUCGUAAAAUAAAUCAUUACGGCUACAACCUGCUCAUCAACGUGUAGAAUUCUCAAGCGAUAAUCGACGAAGUAGGAACUAAGGGACAGCAAAGCCAAUGAGAAAAGUCUGACUGACAAAAUGACGACGGAUAUUUAUUAUCGGAUGUGACCAUGCUGGAGGACAACUGUAACGGCUAUGAAAAUGGUGAUCAUGUUUUGUACAUAGAGAUGUCUUUCUUUUUUGAACACCGAAAAGCAAGCGUAGGGAAAUGACAUUUUAUGUAAACUAUAGAAUAAUACUAAGAUAAUGUUAUUAUCCGUUCAAAUUGGAAAGCACAUAAAAGCAACGGAAAAAUGAUAGGAUCGAUAUGGCAGUUCAGUUGGCUUCAGACCAUCCCUUGCCUUGACGCAAAAACAAAUUAAAUUGCAAUUGAGAACGGAUGAUGAAUGCGAGCAACGUACGAAUCAUAGUUAAUGUAACGGUCACUCC